AUGAAAACUGGGAUAAAAACAGAAUAUUUUGUGACAUGCGCUUUCUUAACUGCAUAUCUUGGCGAUGAUCUAAAUUCUACCUCAACUUGUUUAACACCCAAACCUACCUACAGAAGUGGAAAGAAACUCUCCGUCUACCCCAUCAAAGUUCUGAGUAGUUUAGGUCCAAAUGCGUGUUUCAAAGAAUGCCGAGCUCACGGUGGCUGCCUUUCAGCAAACUUUGACAAUCAACAUUUCAUCUGUCAACUGCUGAGUCAAAAGGAAACUUAUGUGAAACCACUCACAGUAGAUGGAGAUUUUGUUCACAUGGAAUUACCCAAAGUUUCCAAUGGAAGGGAUAAGAAAUGCGGAGGGGUUUCAUGCAACAACUACUCAACUUGUAAACUUACAACUUUCAGUAAAAGAAAGUGCAUUGAAACAGAUUGCGCGGAACCCCUUCCAGCUUUGGCAAACGGACAUGUUGUAAAACGGACGAAUAAUCCGAUAACUGCAAAGUUUGGCUGCAACAUUGGAUUCACCAGUGUUGGUUCUGGAAGAACCAUUCACUGCUUUCCAGGGGGGAGAUGGACAUCGUUAUUCUAUCGAUGUGAAUUACCAGUUCAUGGGGGCUGGAGCAGUUGGGGCGAAUGGAAUACUUGCUCGAGAACUUGCGGAAGUGGAACAAAAACCCGAUUACGUUAUUGUAAUAAUCCAAUGCCCAUGUACGAAGGAAAUUACUGUAGCGGUGGUUCAACAAAUAUAAUAUUAUGCAACACGAACAGUUGUCCAAUUCACGGAAGCUGGAGUAGUUGGAGUGAAUGGAAUACAUGCUCUAAGUCUUGUGGGAAUGGAACAAAAGAUCGAUCACGUGACUGUAAUAAUCCAACUCCCAUGUAUGGCGGUGACUUCUGUAACGGAAGUUCUAUGAACACAACAUUAUGCAACACCGACGAGUGUCCAAGUCCAAUUGAUGGAGGCUGGGGCUCUUGGGGAAGCUGGUCUUUAUGUACAAAAACCUGUGAUGCUGGAACCAAAUAUCGAAGUAGAAGUUGUAACAAUCCUUACCCCCAGUAUGGAGGGGCAGGUUGUAGCGGCACACUACAAGUAUAUACGUACUGCAACACCAAUGUAUGCCCAGGAUGGUUGUUCAAAAGGAGGUAGUGAUCCAUGACCUUUUGAUGAACUUUUUGUAUUCCGUCCGGAAUAUGAUGAUGAAAUUUUUGAUAUGGAAUUUUACAGAUCUUUAGAUUGGCUGAAUUGUAAAAUAAUAGCUUCAUGCAAUUAUUACCGA